CUCGAGUUUUCUUAAAUUUAAUAUUUUUUCACACAUUUGUCAGAAACAUUGUGUUCUGGCGCUGAUAGUUGCUUUUAUUCCGUUUAAAUCGUUUUCAUAAGUAUAGAAAACACUAGCAGUACUACAGCCAUGACUGUGACAAAUGUGACCAGCGUUGAACAAUACAAUAAAUUCAUCGGGUCUUCCUCGGUUACGGUAGCAUUGUUUUCGGCGGAAUGGGCCGAACAGUGUAAACAGAUCCAUGCAGUGAUGUUGGAACUGGCGAAACAGGCACCAUUCGCUGGAGUUCAAUUCAUAGACAUUCCCGCAGAGGAUUUAUCCGAAGUGGCGCUGAAACACAAGAUUGAUGCGGUACCGACGGUGAUCUUUUUCAAAGCUGGAAGCGCAGUCGAUCGAAUAGACGGUGUGGACAUUGCGUCUUUGACAUCCAAAUGCCGGAAAUAUGCAGGAAUUAAUGCGGCUGCAGCGGAAGGCGCCGGAAGUUUGGAAGACCGAUUGAAGGCACUGAUUAACCGUUCUAAUGUGAUGAUCUUCAUGAAGGGAGAUCGCGAUACACCUCGUUGUGGUUUCUCCAAGCAGCUUAUUGCCAUUAUCAACGAAACAGGUGUGGCAUACGACACGUUCGAUAUUCUUAGCGAUGAAGAGGUGCGACAAGGCCUAAAGACGUACUCUGACUGGCCAACCUAUCCGCAAGUUUACGUGAAAGGAGAGCUUAUCGGUGGUUUGGACAUCAUCAAAGAGUUGCUGGCGGGCGGGGAGUUAGAUGCAACGUUGAAGGCUUGAAAUCUAAUACCAGGAACCGAUACCUCUCCUUCUUUACGCUGGUUCACUUUUCGAAUGCCGAUGGCAAAAAAGAUCUGCUUAAAGCAAGGAUAAAUAAAUGAUUGCUAUAGGUAAAAAACGUUGAAAAUUGUUGGUUUCAGGACAUUCGUAAUAAGUUAGUUCCUAAAUCAUUUUCGCUACUGGUUUGUUUGUUUUUUGCUAUUACUUUGUGGGUUCUUAGAUAAUAUUAAAUUAAAACUAGCAUUUUUUCUGUGCAGGUGUA